AGCAAUGACACAAGAAAAACGGAGGAAGAGAGUUUUACUUCGCGGUCCCAGAGGUUAGUGCUACGAUGAAGGCGUUACGUCUAGAAGGCUUGUCACUUAUAGGAGGAGAGCAGGUAAUCUGUCAGUCAACAACGGUCCUAUUCAAGCAAUCCAUCAACCUCUUGCAACGCGCUUCGACCUGCAAUGAUUCCCCGUACCGACAUUUAUACUGGCACCAAGAUCGUCUCCCCCGUUACCACUGUUCCUCGAAUCUUCCACCUAAAAGCAGAGAUGCAUUCAGAUAAUCCAGCUUGGACUCAUCUGCCAACCGCAGGACCCGGUAUUCUCGU